AUGAGCCCAAUUGGCUCCGACGACACCUCACAAUGGCCAAGCCCCGCACGCAACGUUCACGACACCGACGUCCAAGGGCUGAACGUGGCUGCAGACCCGUUCGAGUUGUUCGAGGGGACGCGCUCCGACUCGGGCGCGUCCGACCCCCAUGCAAGGGGCAGUCGGGGCUCCAGCGAGAGCUCCGAGCGACUUGACAGAUUCGAAGGCCUGCUCGAGGGGAUGGCCAAGCAGCAGGCCCAGUUCAUGGCCAAUCAAGUGAAGCUGCAGGAGCAGCUGCAGCGUCGCAGCGAGCCGUCGCGCACGACGCCGUACGAGAACCAGUACGGCGCGUCGAGCGCGUUCACGGACUUUAUCAAGGCCAGAGACCGAAGGAUGAGAGUAGACUCUCUCGACGAGUCGAUGCUCUCGGUGGGACCGACAGCACCAACGCUCCCGGUGCCGACGCGUCCGGUGGAGCAGGCGACGAAUGUGCAGCAGCCGCAGCAGGCGCCGCAGCAGCAGCCGUACUGGCCGUCGCCCUCGCCGGAGCAGUUCGUGCCGCCGACGAACUUCGGCAUCAAAAUCCCGAAGCCGCGGGACCUGGACUGGCCCGGAUUCGGGAAGUUCUCGGGCAAGGAAGUCUACCCGGGACUGGGGGCGAACUUCAAAUCGUGGGGACUGAGGUUCCUGAAGCGACUGGCUGCAGCACAGCAGAUGAGCGGAGGAGACUGGCCGGAAGAGUUCCGCAUCCUCGCUCUCAAUGGUAAGCUCGAUGGCACAGCGCUUGUGUACUUCGAGAGGAUGGUGCCGCUCUGGACGACCGAAUCGCCCACGUUGGAACACGUGAUGAACAGGAUGCUCGUGCCGUACAUGACGACAAUCACGGCGAGCAAGGGAUUGCAGCUGAUGACUGCGGAGAAGUCGAAGAGCAGGACGUGGGCCGAGCACUACCAUCUGUGCAAGUCGGCGCCGCCGUACUUGCAGAGUGCGAUGUUGACGCGGCUGAACUCGCAGCGCGCCGACUACUUACAGCAGGCCACGGAGUUGGUGGCGUUCGCGAUUGAGUUCGAUGCGAACAUGCUCAAGCAGGAGAUCGGGCGCGGGAACCGCGGACGAGGCGGUCGAUUUCACGGUGGCGGCCGUGGAGAUCAAGGUGGACGAGGAUCCGUUGCCCGUGUUGACGGCACGGAGACUCGCUCCUGCUACAAUUGUGGUGAAGCCGGGCACCUAGCUAGAGACUGCCCAGGUAAAGAAAACAGCGGUGCUAAGACGUCGACUCGAGUCACGCUGGCCGUGGGAACCGGCACGAACGGGGACUCGUGCACGUGGAUCUUGGACGUACCGAGCGGCUAA